GGCUCGCAACACCUUCGAGAAGCAGCAGCCACAGUGCACAUCCUCAUUCAGGAGCUAGCGAUCAGGCAUCAUCCAAGCAGCUACACUAGCAUGGCCUCACUGCAGUUGCUGCUCUGCUGUGCGACAACCCUACUGAUUGCCAACGCCUUGGAGCUGACGCCCCACCUGCUGAGCGCUGCCUCUAAUGAUCCGGCGAACAGCAAGGCCAAGACGCAGUACACACCCUUUCCGCUAAUCGACGACGACGUCGAUGUGGAAGCCGUCGAGCUGCCGCUAGAUGUGGACCAGGAUCAGGAUAACGGCGACUCCACCCGCAGGCAUCACUCACUGCCGCCAGCCUGGCUGCAGUUCGCCGACGAGCCCGUCCAGAAGCCACGUGUAAGCAACAAGGCCUCCUUCGUCAAGCUGCCCGCAGGACAACAGCACAAGCAUCCGCACGGACACGGACAUGGCCACGGCGCGUGCACCAUUGAGAUAACCAGCAAGGUUCCAGGCCUCUGCCAGCCCAUGAAUAUGGGCGUGGGCAGUGCCUGCAUAUCCGGUGAAUUCAUGGAGGUCUACAGUGGGUCACACUGCAGUAAUUUUUAGAGCCCGACUGCCUCUCUGUAUGUGCCUCUGUCUCUGUCUCUCUCGCUCUUUCGCUUUGAUUGCUUGUUUAGUGUCUAUGUUUAGUGGGUUUAAUGGAGGAGUACGACUACCUGGUGCGCGUUUUGCAAAUAACAAACAAUAAUAUUUGUAUAAAUAAAGUAUAUUUAAAAACA